AUGAUUACUGAAGGAGGCAAAUCGACUGUAUUUUCUGACGUUGUAACGACUUUGGAUUGGCAGGCGACAGCUCUUGCCGUCAACGCUUGUGGCAGCUUUGCUGUACUUGCAGGAAGGAAGCAUUUGGGUGUUGUUGACCUUGAGAAGUCUGGAGAUGCUUCUAGUUUGCGGAAGAUACAGCGGCAGGCGCGGUAUGAUACGACAGCUAUAGAAUGGAAUCCGCAUAUAGGGAUGGACCACCAACUUAUUUCAACUUCUUAUCAGCAUGUCGACGUAUGGAACCUAACCGCGGAGAAGCCUCUGUGUAAAUCAAUAAAGGGGCACACUAGAGGAAUAAGUGAUUUGAACUGGUCGCUUUAUGACUCAUUUCUUUUUGUCACGUGUUCUGCUGACACAUACGUCUAUAUCUGGGACAUGAGAGAGACAAGGAAACCCGCAGUGGCAUGGAAGGCUGUUGUGCUCAUGCUAGUGGCUAUGUUUGCAGGAUCUCGUAUGCUUUGCACCUGCUUUUGA